UUGUGUAAGAGAGCAGUUUGAAACGGGCAAUUGAGGCCACAGGUUUGGGUCAGGGACAGACUUUAUUUUUUAAACAAAAAUUUGCUGUCAAAACUCUAUUUGACGCUAUUGAAGAAUUUGCGACGUUUCACAGUGAUUUCUGUUUUGUUUUUGGAGAUGGGACAGAAUUAGACUAUAAAUAGCGUAGUUAAAAAUAACUUGCUUUGAUUUCAUAUUGAAUGAAUCAUAGACUGAAUUUUUUUAAGUAAGGAAUAAUUAUUUGUCCUCUCGCUUAACCCUCCAUAUAUUGAGCAAAUAAAACAUUGGCUAAACCAAUCACGGACUACACACUUAUUCUCGGGCACCGUACGAGAAUAACAGUAGCGCUGUCGUUUGCUACAAAAAACAUUGAAAAGAGAAGAAAUCAUUAUUCGGAUUGGUCAUGUAUGUUGUCGACGUUUUUGAGGUACAAUUCAUAGACGAAGAAGAAUAGGCUAGAAGUGUGAGGUGAUUUAUUUAACCAGCGCAAGGAACCAUCUGGUGAUUGCAUCGCCAAGUUUACACAGCUCCUGCGUGCGCGUACUAUCCCUAAACUCCAGUGGAAGGGAGGAGUAGAAGGUAUAGCAGCAUAGUUGUAGUGGCCCGCUGAUAAAUGUUCACCUGCGCUGACAUUUUUAUGGGUCUUUCUCUUCAGCCAAAGAUCUUCCCGGGUGGAUCAUAGCAACCUGUCAACUCUAACAGAGCUGCCCCCAGUCCACUCCCAGCCAUCUGACAGACCCGACAAACAUCAAAGCUUUUCUUCCUUCUAGCCAUCAGGCUCUUCCACUCCUUUUACUAUCGGUAGAGAGGGGGAUGUCUGUUAUCUAACUCCUCUCAGUCUACUAAUCUACUAGCUCAGCUCAGUCCAACCCAACCCCUUUUACUCACGCCAUCGGGUCACCCUCAGCCAUGGAGGAUUAUGACGUGCGCUCGGCCGCCAGUAUCCUGGCCUCGGUGAAAGAGCAGGAGGCGCGCUUCGAGCGUCUGACCCGGGCCCUGGAGGAGGAGCGACGCCACGUCUCCCUGCAGCUGGAGCAUUCCGACAUACCCCCUGACAGGCUGGGAGGGACUGGGCUUAACGCUAACCUGCCACCUAACAGCCAACGCCUGGCCUGGCAGCAGGUGGUGAUGCAGGAGCAGAGCCCCAGUAACCAGACGUCUCUGGCCAUGAUGCAGGAGCCACAGGAGAUGGUGGAGGAGACGGUCACCAUCGAGGAGGACCCUGGCACGCCCACCUCCCACGUGUCCGUUGUCACCUCCGAUGACGGCACCACACGACGCACAGAAACCAAGGUGACUAAGAUGGUGAAGACGGUGACCACGCGGACGGUUCGCCAGGUGCCCCUGGGCCCCGACGGCCUGCCCCUUCCUGAGGGUUCGUCCCCGCUGGGCAGCUACACAGACUCCAUCGACCGGCGCUACCUGAAGAAUGGCGAGCGCUACAUCACCACGCCGCAGGCCACCUCCACGCUCACGCGCUCCUACAACAACUACAAUGACUCCUACAGUGACGCGCUCCCCCCCGACCUUGGCGGGAGUCAGUACGGUGGGCGCCACUACGGCCUCCACGAUGGCUACGGCAUCGGAGACGCGACAGACAACUACGGCAGCCUGUCCCGCGGCGUCAACUUCCGGCCUCCCCGCUACCCCUACGCUAUGGCUAACAGCUAUCGGCCGGAGAACAGCUACGGGACCUUACCCAUCCGGAAGGAUGACUAUGGCCACGUGGCCCAGCCCCAGGUCCCCAUGGGCAGCAGCAGUGUGGAUCUGAACCGGUCGCAGCCAGAACGCUUCCAGCCAGAGCCCUACGGACUGGAGGACGACCGCCGCAGCCUGGGCCCCGAGGAGGAGGAGCCCUAUGACCUGGAGCCUGACUAUUCCACCGUUAGCCGGCGCCAAGGUACGCUGCCAGGCACCAACCGCGGCAGAACCAUGAGAGAGCCGCUCCGCGACGGACCACGCAUCAGGGGUUACGAGGACCCCAUCGAGGCGGAGCUGAUUGACGAGCGACACCCCUACAUCCAUGGCAUGUACCCGGCCCCCCUGGCCCAGCCCGAGAGGGGGAGCAUGGCCAGCCUGGACCGCCUGGCCGGCCGCCGCUCGCCCUCCAUCGACAGCAUCCGCAAGGACCCGCGCUGGCGUGACCCCGAUCUGCAAGAGGUAAUUGCCAUGCUGGGCCACCCCAUUGACCCGGUCAAGUCCAACGCCGCCGCAUACCUGCAGCACCUGUGCUACGAGAACGACAAGAUCAAGAAGGAUGUGCGCCAUCUGAAGGGAAUCCCGGUGCUGGCAAGCCUGCUGGACCAUCCCAAGGCAGAGGUCCACCGCAAGGCCUGCGGAGCCCUGAGGAACAUCUCCUAUGGGAAGGACCACGACAACAAGGUGGCCAUCAAGAACUGUGAUGGUAUCCCCGCCCUUGUCCGCCUGCUGAGGAAGACCAAUGACAUGGAGGUCCGUGAGCUCAUCACAGGGACCCUGUGGAACCUGUCUUCCUAUGAGCCUCUGAAGAUGGUGAUUAUAAACCACGGACUGCAGACUAUGACCAACGAGGUCAUCAUCCCCCACUCAGGCUGGGAGCAUGAGCCCAACGAGGACUCCAAGCCCCGCGACGCAGAGUGGACCACCGUCUUCAAGAACACCUCAGGAUGUCUGAGGAAUGUGAGUUCGGACGGGGCCGAGGCGAGGCGCAGACUAAGGGAGUGUGAGGGGCUUGUGGAUGCUCUGCUGCACGCCCUGCAGUCAGCUGUGGGCAAGAAAGACAUGGACAACAAGUCUGUGGAGAACUGUGUGUGUAUCAUGAGGAACCUGUCCUACCACGUUCACAAAGAGAUCCCAGGGGCCGAGAAGUUCACAGACCCGUCCGUUCUGCAUGCCCCGGGCUCUGCGGGCCCUCAGAGGAAGAAGAAGGAUGAUGCAGGCUGCUUUGGAGGGAAGAAGGCCAAAGCCAGAAAAAACGGCGAGAAUGACAAAAACUACGACACUCUGGAUCUACCCAAGCGCACAGAACCCACAAAAGGUUUUGAGCUGCUGUACCAGCCGGAAGUGGUGAGGCUGUACCUGUCUCUGCUCACUGAGAGCCAGAACUACAACACUCUGGAGGCUGCAGCAGGGGCCCUGCAGAACCUCAGCGCCGGACAGUGGACUUGGUCCAACUACAUCCGUGCCACAGUGAGGAAGGAGAAGGGGCUUCCCAUCCUGGUGGAGCUGCUGCGUUCUGACUCUGACAAGGUGGUCCGAGCCGUGGCCAUCGCCCUGCGCAACCUCUCCAUCGACCGCCGCAACAAAGACCUGAUCGGGAGCUAUGCCAUGAGGGACCUGGUGAGUAACCUGCCCAGCGGUCAGCAGCGGCCAGCCAAGAACCUGGAGGAAGACACGGUGGUGGCCAUCCUCAACACCAUCCACGAGAUUGUGACGGACAGCUCCGAGAACGCACGCUCCCUCAUCCAGGCCCAGGCCAUCGAGAAACUGGUGGCCAUCAACAAGACGAGCCAAUCACCACGUGAGGACAAGGCCGCCUCCCACGUGCUGCAGAUGGUGUGGAGCUACAAGGACCUGAGGAACGCCCUGACCAAGGAAGGAUGGAACAAGAGCCACUUCCAGCCUACAGCGACCGGCACCCCUAAAGCAGCCAAGAAUGGCAAGCCAGGCUACGACGACACCACUCUGCCCCUGAUGGAGAAGAACCAAGGCACCAAGAAAAAUGGAAGUGGUGAUAUGAUACCUAUGGACGAGCUUGGUCCAGAUGGCUACUCCACCAUCGACCAGAGAGACAAGGACUGCAAGUACAAGAGUAGUGGAGACGGGUCAGUGGACCUGACAGAACGGGAGCCAUUAAAGAAUGACACAAAUAGGAAACACUAUGUCAGGAGUAACAGGCCUGCAGUCAAACUGGUGGAUGCUUGUGACGUUAAACCUCAGCCUGUAGACUCCUGGGUCUAAAUGCAUGCAUGGCUUAAAUAACGACAGCGUAACAUCUGAACGAUAGGAUCUCCCAUGUCAUCACUGCCAUAACACAUGGAACUCAUUUUGAUGUUGACUCAUCAGCAGAUAGACUUUGUAAAAGAACGAAAGAGAAAAAAAAAAAAAAGAAACAAUCAUCCAACAGCCAAUGUUUCAUGCUUUUGAAUCAGCAAAUGAAAUUAUGUAUAAAAAAAGAAAAGAAAAUCAAAAAACGACUACUUCUCAUAUCUACAUCCCCCACUGGAUGGACAGACGUAGUGUACCCUAACAGCAAGGACUCUGACUGGAGGAGCUCUGCAUGGUGUCAGGAUGGAAGAGUGGAAGCAGUUCUCGUCAUAGAGAUACAAGUAUUCUAGAGCUCUAUCUCUAUGGUAAUGUAGGGAUGGAUGCUGGUGUGAAGCAGGGGGAGAGAAGGUGAUGUAUGUUGGGAGGAAAGGAAGUGUGUUGGAAAGGAAAAGAGACAGUGCGCUUCAAAUAGUAUUUUUUUCUAUGUUGUAAUUUAGCUUUUUAUUUAGCUUUUGUUUUUGUUGGUUUGUCUUUCCUGGAGGCACAGUAAAUUGUUUUUGUUUGUAAUAUAAUUAUUUAAAUUUUUUUGCUGGUCUUUCUUUUUGUUUUUGUUUUCUGGAUUGAAGAAGUGUGGGGUGUGGACUGGUGUGGUAGAUGGCAGAUGAAGGUUGGGGUGGUUUGAAGGACUUGAUGCUUGAGGGGCACUUAAAGGAGCUGUACACCUGCAAGUGUUGAUUGGAGUUAGGGAAGUGAAAAGACAUGCAUUUGGUUGGGUUACUUAUAGCUGUUGAGCGAAACAAAAUUAAAAUAUAUUUUCAGAAUCGACACAGACUAGAGAUAUGUGUUUGCCGACGACGAUAUAUGAUUUGCUUGGUUGGUUGCUGUUUGUCAUUGAUAUGUAUUAAAGUUGAAGAGAAUAUUUGACAUUUUGUUUAUAAAUGGAUUGUGUUAAUGAAGAAAGGGAAAGUACAUGCUCCUGGUGUCAAAGGGUAGAAUCGAAAAGCAUUAGAUAUUUUUGUUGGUUUUAUAAAUAUAUAUUAGGGUCAAAGAAAAGCAAAAAAAUAGAGAACAGAAAAAACAAUAGAAAGGUCUUAGUUGUGUACUCAUAACAGGUUGUUUGGGAAGGACUUUCAUUGGAUAAAAUCUCAUAUUUGUAAACAGAAAUAAUCACAUCAUUUAAGUGUGUAUCAAAUCUAUAGAGUCAUGCUGAUCACAUAUUUAUAUUUUGUACUGUCAAGAGUAAAAAAAAAAAAAAAAAGACGAGCUGUUAUUCAGCUUUCUUUUUAAAGGUGAGUUGAACUGAUGACCUGGUCUCCAAAUCUUUCAAGGAGAUUAAUAGAGAGAGAGAGAGAGAGAGAGAGAGAGAGAGAGAGAGAGAGAGAGAGAGAGAGAGAGAGAGUAGAUGGUUCAGUAGGGGUCACUCAAGAGAUAAGACUGAGAGAAAAGAGGGAGGGAGGGAGGGAUGCAGCAGCAGGGAUAGACAGAAAGAAGAAAUUAGACAGAAGUGUUACAAUUCCCUUUUCAUUUCACACUGCAAUUAUAUGAAGUCGCUGAGAACCUAAAAAUGUGCUUUGAUUUCACUAAUGCAUCUUUAAAUAACUAUUUGAAACAAGCAUGAAAAAAUGUACAGAUGUUUAUAUUAUUUUUAAGUGCCAAUUUUUGUGGUGUAAUUGGAUAUUAGUCAUUUAUAUCUGGAGAGGAGAGCAGUUUUCAUGUGGUUCAAUGCAGAAUUUGCAUCACGUUGUACGAAGUAUACAAAAUCUGUUUGAUUAUUAUAUGUUUUGUUCCUUCUAGGGGCAAUUGAAAUGAAGUAGUGCAGAUGUCUUUUAAAAAGAGAAGAAAAGCUGAACUGCACGUGGUUAACGGUUUAGUAGUGAUGUUGUGAUUGUUUUAUCUCCAUUGCCAGGUGGACUCUCCACUAUGAACCCAUUCUCUCUCUCUCUCUCCCAAUUCUGGGACCAGUGAGGGGGCCCUCCACUACAGGACAGCUUAACUCAUGCGUCAGCUAUAGGCAAAUGGCAUGUGCCUGCGUUGAAGUCCGAAUUUCUUUGUGAUGUGACUUUAUAAAGCUUGCAUAUUUUACACAGCGAUUACAAAGACUGAUGUGAUAAGAUACAAAUUAAAAGUACACGUAUUAAUAAACAUUUAAUUUCAGAGAAAAGUAGCGUAAUAAUAGCCCCAUGUUAACGUCCUCCAUGUUGACGUAUGUCCUCAGAACUGUGUGCUUUUCAUUGGAUUGUUAAUCUUUGACUGUCUAUUCCUGACUGCAUUUUGCAGUACACAACCAAAGGAUCUGGUGUUGUACUUAUAUACAUAUGAAAUGAGUCCAUGGGCUGGUUUGUGGACUGUGCUGUGAAAGAAAUGCAAGAAAAUGGGGUAGAAAUUGAAUCAAAGGAGGAAGACCUACCUGUGUAGAUAUCACUGAUUCAAACUCUUCAAAAUAAAGUAACUGUACUACUCAGUAGCAAAUGUGUUUGUAACUAUCAUGUGCCUUAACAUUUUCCAUGGUACAUAAAGAUAACAUUGUGUUUUAUAUAACUCUUUAUCUCUCCCUCCCUCCGUUCCUCCUCAUUCCCUCAUACCUCUCUCCUUUUCUCUUCUUUGUCAGCCUCCCUCCCUAUAUCUCUCCCUUCCCUAUCAUUUUACACACUCACACAUUCACUCACUCUGUCCUCAGUGUAGACUGUUGGUGGGUUUUUGCCUUGUAUUACAUUGUAUUAUAAACUUUUAAAAGAUAGACAUAAUACAUGGUUUGAUUUCAUAGAAGAGUACAUGAAUGCUUUCGUAGCUAUCAGAGCGAUGCCACAGUGACAGAAUGUAUUAUGUUAAUUUUACUAAAACCCAGAGGCAAGUAUUACGCUUGUUCGAAUAACGUGAAAAAUACUGAUUUGUAGAGUAUCAAUUUGGUGUGUUUUCAAUAAACUAUGCCUGGAAAGAA